AGAGCAGAGUUGGUCCUGUUCAUUUUCUGCUGGUGGACAGAUUUGUCUUAGGGGAGGGUGGACAGACCCAUCUGCAAAAGGGUCCCAGGUUACCUUGUAGGUUAAUUCAAGGGAUGCCAGCAAAGAUUGGUUGUAUGUAUAGUUUUUCUCUUACAGAGUCAAUUAGAUCAUUUCCCUUUACAUUUUCCAUUGUUAGAAGCCUAUAAUUUCAUGUAUCACUCAGCUGUGCACUGAGGAAGUACGCAAGUGUAGGUUUAGCCAGGGCACUGAGUCCCUCCAGAUUUUGCAAAACCCUGACCCACCACUCUAGAGGCAAGCACCUCUUCCCUAGAGGGCUCCCAUUGAACAAAAUCAACUUAGCCUUUUGUCAGGUAAUUUGGGGCCUUUUGGCGUGGGUGGUAGCAAACUCCAUACAAUGGCAGGCCCUGGGGGAGUCUACUGACUAAGCCAGUCAUUACUGGGUUUUCUUCUGGAAACAGGGCCCGGGCCUUGCCUUUUGACGUACUGGCUAGCAGGCCAGAGGAGACUGGCGUGCUUGGGUGUGCAGGCUUCAGCUUGUCUGCAUGUGGAAGACUGUACAGAAAGUUACAUGGACUCUAAGAAUGGGGACAGCAUUGCUGUUUGGAUCAUUUGUAAAGAAAUAUAAGUGGAGAUAAGUGGCCCAGUGUGGCACAUGUUGGGGGGGGGGGUGCCCCCAGCGUCCUACUGCCCUAGAUGAAACUCUUCCCCACUGCUGGGCAAGGUUCCCCACUUCCCCUCCCCCAAAGCCGAAUGUUCUGCUUGGAAACCUAGUCCCUUCAGUGAUUUCCUAUUUCAAAUAAAAGGAUUUAAGUUGACGUAUGACCACGUGAGCACAUAAUACAGCGCAUUAUUGUGGCAUUUGGAGCGGAGACCCGGGCGGGCUUCGCCUGUGAUUACGUUUUCUAGAUUCUCUACAGAGCGAGAGCUUUUCCCCCCCACCCCCACGCACCCACCUCCUCCUUCUCCUUCCCCUUCUCCGGAGAGCGCUCUCCUAGCGGGUUGCAGUUUUCAGCGCUCAUGGAGCGGUUCUGGGCGAGCUAGCCGAUGGGACUCGAGGCCACACCAGGAGGAUGGAAUUUAUUUUAAGGUCUGCGCGGGGCAGCCAUUGGCGGCGGAGUAUCACGUGACCGCGGGGGCGUGCCAAUGUGCGCCCUCAAGGGUGUCAAGCCCCUGUCAGAGUGUGCGAUCAAGAUUGUGAGACAACGCGAUGCAAAAAGCGACCUACUACGACAGUUCGGCGAUCUACGGUGGCUACCCCUACCAGGCAGCCAACGGGUUCGCUUAUAAUGCCAAUCAGCAGCCGUAUCCGGCGUCCUCGGCACUGGGCACUGAUGGCGAGUACCACCGACCUGCCUGUUCACUCCAGUCGCCCGCCAGCGCCGGGGGCCACCCCAAGGCGCACGAGCUGAGCGAGGCGUGUCUGCGCACCCUGAGUGGCCCACCCAGCCAACCCCCAGGCCUCGGCGAGCCCCCCCUGGCCCCGCCGCCCCCCCAGGCCGCGCCCCCUGCUCCACAGCAGCCUCAACCCCCGCCACAGCCCCCAGCACCCGCUCCUGCCGUGCCCCCGCCCCCCUCUUCAGUUUCCCCACCUCAGAAUGCCAGCAGCAACCCCACGCCUGCCAGCGCAGCCAAGAGCCCCCUACUCAACUCACCCACCGUGGCCAAACAAAUCUUCCCCUGGAUGAAAGAGUCUCGGCAAAACACAAAGCAGAAAACCAGCGGCUCCAGCUCAGGGGAGAGCUGCGCUGGCGACAAGAGUCCGCCUGGGCAGGCGUCGUCCAAACGGGCGCGCACCGCCUACACGAGCGCGCAGCUGGUGGAGCUGGAGAAGGAAUUCCACUUCAACCGCUACCUGUGCCGGCCGCGCCGGGUAGAGAUGGCCAACCUGCUGAACCUCACAGAGCGCCAGAUCAAGAUCUGGUUCCAGAAUCGCCGCAUGAAGUACAAGAAGGAUCAGAAGGGCAAGGGCAUGCUGACGUCAUCAGGGGGCCAGUCCCCAAGUCGUAGCCCGGUGCCCCCUGGCGCGGGCGGCUAUCUGAACUCUAUGCAUUCGCUGGUCAACAGCGUCCCAUACGAGCCCCAGUCGCCCCCGCCUUUCUCCAAGCCUCCCCAGGGUGCCUAUGGGCUGCCCCCCGCCUCCUACCCCGCACCCCUGCCAAGCUGCGCGCCCCCACCGCCCCCACAGAAGCGCUACACCGCGGCGGGGGCAGGGGGCACACCCGACUAUGACCCGCACGCUCAUGGCCUGCAGGGCAACGGCAGCUAUGGGACCCCACACUUACAGGGAAGCCCCGUCUUCGUGGGGGGCAGCUAUGUGGAGCCCAUGAGCAACUCUGGGCCUGCCCUCUUUGGCCUAACUCACCUCCCCCACGCCGCCUCGGCAGCCAUGGACUACGGGGGUGCUGGGCCACUGGGCAGCGGCCACCAUCACGGGCCCGGGCCAGGGGAGCCGCACCCCACCUACACGGACCUUACCGCCCACCAUCCUUCUCAGGGAAGAAUUCAGGAAGCCCCCAAGCUCACCCACCUGUGAUGGUGGGCUCGGGGCUGCGCGCCAGGAGAGUCCCCCCCGCCCCCACCUUUCUUCGUCGUUUCCCUGUUUUGUUUUGUUUUAAGAUUCUUCCUGUCCUCUCUUUUCUGUUCUCCGCCCCUUCUACCUUCCCCUCCCCCUCGUUUUGUUUUCUUUGGUAACGCGUUUUUAUAGUUUAUGUGACGUAGCAAUCUUGGUUGCUGGAAUGGCUGUCAGUAUCAGUAGCGAUGUUUAUCUCCUCCUACCCCCUCGCUCGGCCGCUGGCCCUGCACCCUUUACUUUCUCUACUCUUUGAUCAGAAACAGGGUAUAUGAACAAAUUUUCUAGCCGAGUUCUUCAAUGUGAAUUUGUUCGUACAUUAUGGCUCCCGAGGGGAAGCAAUUACUUUUUUUUUUUUUAACUUUUAGAUUUUUUUUAAAUUGCACUUCUUGUAAAGAGCGAGAAAAAAAUCAAAGGCGCUUUGAAACAGGGGCUCCCUGUGCAAGGACGACUAAGUGUACGUCUUUCCGUGUGUGUAUGCUGGUGAACAGUCAGAUUUAUUUAUAUUUUUUUUGCAAGCAUUGAAUAAUCUAAGUUUUAAAUAUUAUUUAUCCCCAUCCGUUCGUAUUUAUAUUAAAGAAAUUCUGUACCCUGA